AUGACUAACCAACCACACAAGCUUUUCUACAAAGGAACUGAUAACGACUUUGUCAUUUUUGUCGAUGAUCCUUCAUUAUAUGAAAAAUACAAAAAAGGUGACACCACAAUUCCUCUUAUUGACAUUGUCUCCGUAUUCAAGGUGUUUAUCAAUAGACAAGGUGGUGUCGAUGGUAUAUUAGAUGAAGCCUCGAAACAAGAUUUGACAAACAAUUUCAAGACAAGUAAUGCCGAUGAAGUUAUCAAGAUUAUCUUGGAAAAGGGAAGCGAUAAACAUAAUGCUGAUGUUGACAAUGGAAUUGCUUCACAUAACGAUAGUAUUGGUGCUGGUAAUACUGGUAAUUAG